AUGAACAACGGCCAGAUGGAAGAGUCUACGUCCCGCUGCGCCGUCCUUGAAGACACUGAGGUCGACACUUUCAUAUCGUUCUGCGAGUACGCAUACACUGGUCAAUACGUCACACCGGGUUAUGUGGAUGGCGAGAACAAGGAAAGCGCGUUGAAAGGUUUGCCUGUGUUUACUUUCAAAGGCAAGGACAUCAAGAAGCCAAGCAAACGUGAACCAAAUAGCCCGAGGAAGACACUUGAGGUCGCGCUAGAGGAUAUACUUGAUCAGAAUACUGAUCUUGAUGAGGAUUCUCCAAAACCCAGGAUCCUACAUCCCUACAAUGGCCUCUGGAAUGACUUCGUAUCAAGACGAGGGUUCGCCUUCGCGAAAUUAGCAACAGUAUCUCCCAACCCAGACUUUUUGGCCCAUGCUAAAAUAUAUGUAUUUGCCACGCGAUAUCUCAUCGACAAAUUGCAAAUGCAAGCCCUCGGAUCGUUGCACCGCGAUCUCAGAAACUUCAAACUGAGUAACAAGAAUGCAAAGCGUAUUAUUGAUCUUCUCGAGUAUACAUACAAGAGUGCUGGGAGGGAAGAGCCUGGUGGAAAAUCCCAACUGAGGGAUUUAGUGAUCCAUUACAUUGCCUGCGAGUCGCGACUGUUAGCUAAUAAUGAGAAUUUCAGGCAUCUGUUGGAUGAGAAUGGCGAGAUCGGUUCGGAUUUGGUGGUGAAGAUGGUGAAUCAAAAGCCUCUCCGGCACUCUGUUUUAUUAUCUUGAAUCGUCUACGGAGAGACAGGUGGUGUUGGAAUGAGUAUGUUGAAUCUAUACGAGCGGAGUCGACAACUUAUCGAGAAGAGCUAUCUACGAGUAAU